AUGGACGUGUUAUACGUAUCCAGACGUCACAGACAGACCAGUGACGUCACAGACAGAGGUCGUAUCCACAGACCAGUGACGUCACAGACAGAGGUCACCAGACUGACAGACGAGUCGUAUCCACAGACCAGUGACGUCACAGACAGAGGUCGUAUCCACAGACCAGUGACGUCACAGACAGAGGUCACCAGUGACGUCACAGACAGAGGUCGUAUCCACAGGACCAGUGACGUCACAGACAGAGGUCGUAUCCACAGACCAGUGACGUCACAGAGGUCGUAUCCACAGACCAGUGACGUCACAGACAGAGGUCGUAUCCACAGACCAGUGACGUCACAGACAGAGGUCACCAGUGACGUCACAGACAGAGGUCGUAUCCACAGACCAGUGACGUCACAGAGGUCGUAUCCACAGACCAGUGACGUCACAGACAGAGGUCGUAUCGACAGACCAGUGACGUCACAGACAGAGGUCACCGGUGACGUCACAGACAGAGGUCGUAUCCACAGACCGGUGACGUCACAGACAGAGGUCGUAUCCACAGACCGUGACGUCACAGACAGAGGUCGUAUCCACAGACCAGUGACGUCACAGACAGAGGUCACCAGUGACGUCACAGACAGAGGUCGUAUCCACAGACCGGUGACGUCACAGAGGUCGUAUCCACAGACCAGUGACGUCACAGACAGAGGUCGUAUCCACAGACCAGUGACGUCACAGACAGAGGUCACCAGUGACGUCACAGACAGAGGUCGUAUCCACAGACCAGUGACGUCACAGAGGUCGUAUCCACAGACCAGUGACGUCACAGACAGUGGUCGUAUCCACAGACCAGUGACGUCACAGAGGUCGUAUCCACAGACCAGUGACGUCACAGACAGAGGUCGUAUCCACAGACCGGUGACGUCACAGACAGUGGUCACCAGUGACGUCACAGACAGUGGUCGUAUCCACAGACCAGUGACGUCACAGAGGUCGUAUCCACAGACCAGUGACGUCACAGACAGUGGUCGUAUCCACAGACCGGUGACGUCACAGAGGUCGUAUCCACAGACCGGUGACGUCACAGACAGUGGUCGUAUCCACAGACCAGUGACGUCACAGACAGAGGUCACCAGUGACGUCACAGACAGAGGUCGUAUCCACAGACCGGUGACGUCACAGAGGUCGUAUCCACAGACCAGUGACGUCACAGACAGAGGUCGUAUCCACAGACCAGUGACGUCACAGACAGAGGUCACCAGUGACGUCACAGACAGAGGUCGUAUCCACAGACCAGUGACGUCAGACAGGUCGUAUCCACAGACCAGUGACGUCACAGACAGGUCGUAUCCACAGACCAGUGACGUCACAGACAGAGGUCGUAUCCACAGACCAGUGACGUCACAGACAGAGGUCACCAGUGACGUCACAGACAGAGGUCGUAUCCACAGACCGGUGACGUCACAGAGGUCGUAUCCACAGACCAGUGACGUCACAGACAGUGGUCGUAUCCACAGACCAGUGACGUCACAGACAGUGGUCACCAGUGACGUCACAGACAGAGGUCGUAUCCACAGACCAGUGACGUCACAGAGGUCGUAUCCACAGACCAGUGACGUCACAGACAGUGGUCGUAUCCACAGACCAGUGACGUCACAGAGGUCGUAUCCACAGACCAGUGACGUCACAGACAGUGGUCGUAUCCACAGACCAGUGACGUCACAGACAGUGGUCACCAGUGACGUCACAGACAGAGGUCGUAUCCACAGACCAGUGACGUCACAGAGGUCGUAUCCACAGACCAGUGACGUCACAGACAGUGGUCGUAUCCACAGACCAGUGACGUCACAGACAGAGGUCAGGUCGUAUCCACAGACCAGUGACGUCACAGACAGAGGUCGUAUCCACAGACCAGUGACGUCACAGAGGUCGUAUCCACAGACCAGUGACGUCACAGACAGAGGUCGUAUCCACAGACCGGUGACGUCACAGAGGUCGUAUCCACAGACCAGUGACGUCACAGACAGAGGUCGUAUCCACAGACCAGUGACGUCACAGACAGAGGUCACCAGUGACGUCACAGACAGUGGUCGUAUCCACAGACCAGUGACGUCACAGAGGUCGUAUCCACAGACCAGUGACGUCACAGACAGAGGUCGUAUCCACAGACCGGUGACGUCACAGACAGAGGUCAGCCACAGACUCAGAGGCACAGACUCGGAGGCACAGACUCGGAGGCACGGACUCGGAGACACGGACUCGGAGGCACAGACUCGGAGGCACAGACUCGGAGGCACAGACUCAGGCACAGACUCAGGCACAGACUCGGAGACACAGACUCGGAGACACAGACUCGGAGGCACAGACUCAGGCACAGACUCAGAGGCACAGACUCAGAGGCACAGACUCGGAGGCACAGACUCGGAGACACAGACUCGGAGACACAGACUCGGAGGCACAGACUCGGAGACACAGACUCGGAGGCACAGACUCAGGCACAGACUCAGAGGCACAGACUCGGAGGCACAGACUUGUAGGUACAGACUCGGAGCCACAGACUCAGGCACAGACUCAGAGGCACAGACUCAGGCACAGACUCAGAGGCACAGACUCAGAGGCACAGACUCAGAGUCAGAGGUACAGACUCAGAGGCACAGACUCAGAGGCACAGACUCAGGCACAGACUCAGAGGCACAGACUCCAUAA